UUAUGAAAGUUUUUAUUGAACAUAAUUAACGUGUCGUUCAAAUGUGAUAAAAAAUAAUAUCUUUUUUAAAUGACACUAAUUGUUUAUAUCUUGCAACAUAAAAUAAAAAAUUAAACGCUUUGAAAAUGGAAGAUGGUGAUUAUUUAGGUGCUUACGAACGGUUUUUCAACGAAUUUGUGAAACGAAUUAAUCCAAAUGAUCAAUUACCAGUGAAAAUGUCAGGACAUGAGAUUAAUGGCGAGGAAGUCAUUGGUGAAGUAAUUGAUUUAAGUCUUCAGUAUCUUAACCAAAAAUACUGCCCACCUAGCUUACAAUCAUUUAUAGUUUGCUUGGUUAUUGAAGAAAUGAAACCAAUUUUCAAAAAUCAACCAGAAAUUUGUGGCUUGCGACCAGAAAAAAAUACUUAUGCUCCAUUGAAGUUAAUGCAAGCAGUAACUAAAAAAAUUAAUGAAAUUUGUCAACGUUAUUUAGAAAAUAGUAGGUUAGCUCUGCUACCUCCACCACCGUCUACACCUUUUCCUAUCACUUCAGUUUUUGCAAUAAAAAAUAAUAGACGGAAAAUGGAAGAUAGACAUGUGGUACUGCAUGAUUUAAAUACUAUUUUUAAAAUAGACGAUGACUAUCCAGCUAGUUAUUAUGCAGUUUUUGAUGGACACGCGGGUCAAGAUGCCGCUGUUUAUUGUGCAACACAUCUUCAUCAGUAUUUAGCAGAAAGCAUUUAUUAUCCAUCAAACAUAGAACAUGCUUUGCGUGAUGCUUUUAUCACAACUGAUGCUCACUUUAUUCAAAAGUGUAAGAAACAUACUCUAAGUAGUGGAACUACAGCUGUUUGUGCAAUAAUCUCGAACAAAAAGUUUUAUGUUGCUUGGGUAGGUGAUUCUCAAGCUGUUCUUGUGAAACGUAAUAAUGUUAAGCAGCUCGUAAAUUCGCACAGGCCAGAUAGAUCUGACGAAAAAGAAAGAAUAGAAGAAAUGGGUGGUCUUGUAUUACAUUACGGCAUGUGGAGGGUCAACGGCGAUCUUGCUGUAUCCCGCGCAAUAGAUAACAUCGAGGCGAUAAGCCAUUGUUUAGGAGAAUACUCAAAAAGCCAAGGAUCAUCCGAUAAUAUUACUGUAAUUAUUGUAUUUUUAACACCUCCAAAUCAAAUUGUUGCGAAGCAGUUUGAUGCUCAUUCUUUAUCCACGGAUGUGAAUACAAUCAACAUGGAAGUAAAUAAUCGGCAUAUGUCAGAUCCUAAUUCUCAAUAUGAUGUUGACACAGAAUUCAUGGAACAACAAUUUUAUAAUAAAAACGACUCUGCUUUUGAUGAUAAUGCGUCGUACGAAAAGUCGUCCACUAUAAGUCAAGAUGGUAGAACUUUAGGUUACGAGGAUGGUAAAAAUGAUGAUCUUGGUCCCGAGACGAACGUUGAUACUCUCGAUGAUGCAGGUGACAAUUGUACACUUGUGAAUGCUUCAAGAGAAUUAUUUUCAAAUGAAAAAUCUGAUAAUAAUCUAACUGUGGGAAAUGAACUAGGCGAUACAUUUUUAUGUCCUUCAAAUAAUACAAAUGAACACGAUAAUAUAACAAGUGUGGACAAUGUAGGUGAUAGUGACGAGUCAGAUGACGAAUGGAACUUUUACAGAAUUGAACCAAAUCAAGAAACGGAAAAUUCUUUGCAACCAAAAGUAUCAUCAGCGGUCAGUGAAGUUGGUGAAGAAAUUGUAGAGCCAGAAAUUCUCGAAAAUUAUAAAGAUUUACUAUCUGAUGAAAAAGUAAAUUUAAGCAACCAAAACACAGAAAAAAGUGAGGAAAAAGAAAGCUUUUUUUCACCGGAUAAACCUGAGAUAAACGAAAAUAACGAAGACUUAUUACUUCCUGAAACUCAAGAUAAUUGUUCGGAAGAAAUGGAUUUUUCAUUGAAUCCAAAUGCUGCAGAAUUUGUUCCCGUAUCAUCUCCUCCUUCAAUUCCAUCACGAUUUAUGGAUUUGCCAAUAUCAGGUUCACCAUUGAAACAGACAUCAAUGAUGGACGAUAUUAAUUUACCGAGUCCAAAAGAAUUUAAAGAAGAGGCAAGUCAUCGUCCUCAUGAAGUUGAAGAAGAAGAUACUGAAACCAUAUCAUUAAACGGCAAUGCUUUCACAGGUGAAAACAUUGAAGAGUUUGAUGAAAAAAAUAAAGCUGCUUUGAAUUUAGAUGAAUCAGAAAUUUCGUCUACAAGAGCAGAAUUCGGUGACGAAUCAAAUAUUAGUUUUCUUGCUACAGAUUUUCAAAAAGCAAGUGGUUCCGAUGGAUCAUUCACUGAGUCAUGUACUGAAUAUGAAAAUGAUCCAAUGGCUAUGUCUAUGGGACCAGAUGGAUUCAAUCUGCUCAGCAAUCCCGUUGAUUUGAAUGCUAUUCAUGAUCUCAACGAUUCGGAUCUAUGUGAUAUUAAUUCUCUUGGUGAAGAAAAAGAACAAACUUUAACCCCAAUAGAUGACGACCAUUCUCAACCAUUGGAUCUUAAGUCUCCAGAUUCUAAUGAACUGGAACUUAAAUCAACUCCUUUAGAACAUGAAAAUACUAAUAAUAAUAUAAUGUAUACCUUAUCACCUUCGGAGGAAUUAAACGUUAAAGAUAUAGAAAAUAACACAGAUGAAAUUAUAUCACAAGUUGCCGCUAUGAACUUAAAAAAUGAACAGUUAUCUGAAGUGUGUUUAGAAAAUACAAAUGAUUUUACGAAUAAUACUGACAAUAUAAAAAAUAAUGAUCAGACACAAGAUGAUUCCCCACUUACUGAACAAAAACCAGCAGAAUCUUUAUUCCUUGAAUCUCAACAUGUACCUCUAGAGAAUGUUGAAAUUCAAAAACCACAAAAUAAAUUUGAUUCGUCAUUAGAAAAUUGCCUAAUCUCUUGUGAUGAAUCUAAAAACCUAGAACAUCAUCAAGAAGAAAUUAAUUUUACAGAUCAAUGUAACGAAAAUACUUUUUCUGACUCUGAAAAAUUAGCUUCCCACGAUUCUGUUAAUACUCAAGUAAUUACUAAGUCAGAACCGGCUUUUAAUAAUGAAUGCGAAUAUAAAAACGAAGAACAAGAAAAGAAUAAAGAAAAAGACAAUGUGCCGGAUGUUUCAGUAAGUGAUAAUUUUACUAAUGUCCUCGUUGAUAUAGUUCCAACAAAAACCCAUAAUGGAGAAAAUUCAAUUAUUGAAAAAGAAAGUACGGAUAUAAUCGUCAGUCCCACAAAAUCGAUGGAGCUUUCAAAGUCACUUCAAGAAUUCACCGGGUUAGAAAAAGAACUUAGUCCAACUGAAAAUAAUAAAGAUUUAAUGGAAAAUAUUUCUCACGAAAUUUCUGAAAAAUCACAAAUACAAGAUACUUUAACAACUAAAGAUGCGGUUGUAGAGAAUUCUGAAAAAUCUUUAGAUCAAACAACAGAACCAUCCCCUGAAAAAAUUAAAGUUUCAGCUGUUGAAGCGAAAAAUACCACGGCUGUUGCUGCAAAAACAAAAUCUAAUAAAAUAUCAUCCAAAACUAUCACCAAAACUUCUGCAACGAAAUCGUCUACAAGAGUAACGUCUGCUGGUUUAUCGAAACCUCUAGUAGGCGUUGUAUCUCGUUCUACUAAUUCAUCUGCUGAUGCAAAAAAGGUGACAGGAGUUGGUGUUGCUGGAAAUUCUAUCGAUGCUUCAAAAGCGUCAACUUUGAACAAACCUUCAUCAAAACCAGGAAUAAAAUCUGCUUUUCGAUUAACUUCUGCAUCUCAAUCUAAAUCUUCUGCUACCAAAGUCCCAUUGACGACUACUAAUACAGAAAAAAAAUCAACUGUUACAACGAAUGGAGAUUCUAAAGCUAAUAAAAUACCCCCAAAAUCUCGGACAUCAACGGUUGAUGUUCCUUCAAAGCCUCUAGUCAAAUCAACAGUAUCUUCUGCUCGUCCUACCACAACAACAAAAUCUAAAUCUUCUAUUGGGACUACUGAAUCUAAACCAGGACUAAAAACUACUGUAGAAGUAAAGUCUUCUGGAAUUAAUAUACGACCCAAAACGGCUCCUUCUGCACUAACAACUACCAAAUCUCGUACUUCGAAUCCUGCAAAACCUUCAAUUGUUGAUAAAAAUGUCAAAGAAACUGCCAAUAAACAAAUAUCAAACCGCACAACAUCUUCUACUAAUUCACGAGCAAGUAAUCAAGGUCUUCAUUCACCAACUACUACGGUUUCAGCAACAACAAAACGAAGUACCACUACUGUUCGAACAACCAAACAACAAUCGUCAUUGACACGCACAACUGCUAAAAAUAUCAAAACAUCUAUUAAAACAAAUGUGAAUAAAACACAAUUACCAAAUAAUGUCAAUGAGAUAAAGAAUGCAAAAGUUAUAGAAGAAUCCUUGUCUGCUGCGACGAUUGUAAAUGCAGAAACUGUGUCAGAAAAAGAUUCAUCUACACCUACUAUAGAGAAUCAAUAAAUUAUCGAUCAAGAAUUAUAGUUAUUUAAUGAAUGAACGAUUUAUAACGAAAAUACGAAUAAAUGACUAACAGCGAUACUAGGGAACAACGAAGUUUCGAUUUUUCAGUAUUUUUGCUGAAUUCUAGAUAUUCAUUUUUAUACUUCCAUUUUUCUGUU